AUUUACUAUAGAUUUUCCGAAAUUAAGAGGCACCAAGCCCUGAGGGAGCAUUGCAGCCGCCGGCUUGUCGCCAGCUCUCUCGGACUUUGACCGGGGAGAGACAACCGUGGAGCCUCUAAAUUUUAUCCAUGACAAAGUCCAGUUUAAGACUGCAUAAACUAAACAUGGAAUAGCUACUAAUAUAGAAAUAGCUCAUAUCUUCUCAUCAUCUCUGACAAAAAAUACUAGUUUAUUUCCGAUUGGACGGAGUCAUUAGCCUUCCAGGUGCCGUCAUUGAAGAAAGCUGCGGGGAGUUGUGCCGAAGCUACAACUGUUAAAGUGAUCGGAGAGACAAUAUCUGUCAAGGUCUUCAAGGAUAGCCGGUGUAAAAAAAAGGCAGAUAUGCUGAGUUGUGCAAGGGGGGUAGUUCAGAGUUCCUGAAACAGGAAAUAAGCGGUGUUUGCUUUCUGCUGAAGGAAGGAAAGACUGAAAGAACAAGCAGUAUCGUUAAGAAUUAUGUGAACGUAUUCACAUUUUGGUGGUUCAGUGCAUUUUUGAGGUUGCCUUGCCAAUAGCUCUGCUGGAAUGAAAGUAUUCUCUUCCCAGUUUUCUCUAUCGUCAAUCAACACUCAUUUGCGCGUAAUGUUCGGUAAGGAGUCGUUUCAGUCUAUUCCAACUCCCUGCCUUCACAUGAUCUGAACUUGAAAUAAGAUCUCAAACAAAGAUAGCGAAGACUCGCUCCGCUUGUGUUUGAUGCAUGAACCUUCAGAAGCUAACGGUUGAUUUACCCCACUUCAUCCGUUGUGCAGCGACUCCGUUCUCCCAACAGAAUCUCUCAUAUAACGAGUUUCAAGGGAAGGGGAAAGAGUCUUUCGAGGAAGGGCUAUGUUGGUGAAGGAGUUCAGGAUUUGCAUGCCCCUAACAGUAGAGGAGUACAGAAUUGGGCAGCUAUACAUGAUAAGCAAACACAGCCAUGAGCAAAGUGACAGAGGAGAGGGAGUGGAGGUGGUGCAGAACGAGCCUUAUGAGGAUCCUACUCAUGGCAAGGGCCAAUAUACAGAGAAGAGAGUUUACCUGAACAGCAAGCUUCCUAGCUGGGCUAGAGCCGUGGUUCCAAGGAUUUUUUAUGUCACAGAGAAAGCUUGGAAUUAUUAUCCAUACACUAUCACAGAAUACACAUGCUCUUUUUUGCCUAAAUUUUCCAUUCAUAUAGAGACAAAGUAUGAAGAUAACAAUGGAUCAAAUGAUCAUAUCUUUGAUUCAGAGGCAAAAGAUGUUGAAAGAGAUGUGUGUUUCAUUGAUAUCGCUUACGAUGAAAUUCCUGAACGAUACUACAAAGAUUCUGAGGACCUCAGGUAUUUUAAGUCAGAGAAGACACAGCGAGGCAUGCUAAAAGAAGGCUGGAGGGAAACUCAGAAGCCUAUCAUGUGCUCCUAUAAAUUGGUGACUGUUAAAUUUGAAGUUUGGGGACUUCAGACAAGAGUGGAACAAUUUGUGCACAAGGUGAUUCGGGAUAUUCUGAUGAUUGGCCAUCGGCAAGCGUUUGCCUGGGUGGAUGAGUGGUAUGACAUGACAAUGAAUGAAGUCCGAGAAUUUGAACGAGCAACUCAGGAAGCCACCAACAAAAAAAUUGGAGUUAUUCCUCCUGCAAUUACUAUCAGCAAUAUCGUUAUGCCUUUGUUAACCCGCAGUGGACCAUCUAGUGCUCCAACCACACCUCUUGCUUCAGAAGCUCCGGAAUUUCUGGCAAUUCCCAAGGAUCGUCCUCGGAAAAAGUCUGCUCCAGAAACUCUUACCCUUCCAGAUCCUCAGGAACAAUGCAGCAUUUCUACAACAUCCAAUAUUGAUGCUUGUGGCGGGCCUUCUAAGCCCAAGCAUAACUAACAUUUUUCCUCUCAGAGGGUCUACUUUUAGUUUUCAGUAUUAGAUAAUAUUCUUCUUUAUCUGUCACUUGCUUUCCUCCUUUAUCUCAAACUCGCAUGCUAAUUGCCUGUUUUUUUGGGUCCCUUGAGUGUAAAUUGCAAAGGAAAUAAUGUGCUCCAUGCCUACAAUUUUUUUCUUUCUUAAAAUGGAGUAAAGCUUCUCCCCACAGGGAAUAUCAUUAUAGGGAGUGAAUACUGUUUCCAAGUGUUGAUGACAAGUAAAUUUGACUGCUGCCAAUAUAUAUUAAAAAUUCACAGCUGCCUUGCCCAUCAUUUUCCUAGCAUUGAUAGCCAAGGGAGCCAAAUCUCAGAACACUGUGAUUUUCCAGGAGGUGCUGCUGGCAGAUGAGAUUUAUCCCAAUGUGUUACACACAUUCACGUACACGUAUCAGAGCAGUAAAAUUUAAACUUGUUUCCUAAGCCCGCUUAUUGAACUCAGGAGUAAUUUGUUACCUCCUGCAUAGCUAUAGAUGUGCUUUAAUGACUUGGGACAGGUGUUAUUUACCCAACGUCAGGAGGACCUACGCAGAUGUAUAGAGCUCCAAAGCAAUCAGAAUUUGUUGGCUUUGGUUUCAGGUCAGGAUUCAAGAUGUCCUUCGGCAGUCCUCAGCACAAUUCACCAGUGAGAGACUAUGGAAUAGACCCAUAAAAUGAUAUAGCAGAGAAUCAGGCCAUUAAAUCCAUCUAAUCUGUGCUGGCCCUUUGAAAGAGCUGAGCAUUUAUUCCCAGUUUCCCUCACUUUCCCGUAAUGUGCAUAUUUUUCCUUUCCAGUUCCCUACUAUUGCUCUUUAAAGCAGAGCAUUCCUGUUGUAAAAAUUCAUUGUUUAAAAAUUUGCUUAAUUAUACCUUUUUUUGGUUGUUAUUUUAAAUGCAUCAUUUGAUUACCAAGACAUCUUCCAGUUUCCAAAAAUAGAGUUAUAAAUCUCUUAGCAAGUAUAUCUCUGUCAGUGCUGUAGUGGCAUCAGACUCUUUCCAGAGUUUCUGAUAAGCCAGUCAAAGCUCUGUAGUUGGUCUUGAUGUUAUUGUGCUUGGGCGAAGAAAACUCAGCCUAACUUGUGCCUUCUGAUGACAGAGCAAGGCUCAAAAAUGUUAGUCAAAAAUCUUGUUUUAUGUUCUGCCAUGCAAAGAGCAGGUCUUUGGAUAAAACAUUCCUGGCUGCAGUGAGAAAAUUGUGUAGAAGUUUCAGGCGUAUUAAUUUUAAAAUAGUUACAAGUACCAUGAUGUGUAUGUGUGCUAAAAUGGAGUUUAUUCUCAGUAUCUCCACAACUUUCAAUUUAUUUGAGAACAAAAUUUAAAACAGUCCAUUUAUAUGUAAUAAUUAUUUUAGCUCUACACCUAUUUUGCCAUUUCAGACAAGAAGGAAGGAACCAAGACUACUAAAUUAUAUUUAACAUCUCUGUGCUAAACAAAAGACAUUAAAAUGCUUAAAUCAAAACAAAACUUUAAUUAAAUCACUUGAUGUAUGCUGAUGUUAAUAUUCUCACCCAAACACAUUUUCAUUAAUGUGUAAAUUGAAUGCAACUCCCUCUACUGUGCUAAUAGUUUUCAGUCAUUUAAAUAUCUAUAAAGUUAAGAGUUAGCUAAUUUAUUUCUCUGUGAUCUAAUUAUUUCCUCUUUGAUAAUUGAAUAUUUAAUUAACUCUGUUUAACACAGCAUUGACAAUGACCAUUUGAAAACUCAGCAGGGUAUACAGCAUUCACAGUGAUUACAAACUAGAGAAUGGAGCGUGCAGAAGGGAAGGCACAUUCAUUCAGAAUCUCUCUUAGUGCCGCGAGAUGUCUCUAAUCAUCUGUUGCUGCCAUGGAUCUGGUCUGUUUGCUUGGUCCAGACAAUCAUGAAAGUAUGUUGGCUGCUCUUAUUAAAACCUUUGUCUUCAGAACUGUAUAAGAUUUUACCCUGCAACCAAUUCCACAUCCAAUCACAUAUUUUUAAAGAUAGGGGAUUUGUUCUUUUUUUACCAUUGACAUCAAUUUGGCAAAAGAACUCAGUUCAUGAUUAUUUAUACUAUAACAAAAUAUAACAGAGCUGUCAUGUUCUACCUGCACUGGGUGCCUGUUUGAAGCCAUGUUCAUUUGUAAUACUGGCACUGAAGUUUGUACAGUAGUUAUCUUCAGCACUCACCAUCGUUCAACUAUUCAUAAGCAACAAGAUUUCUUCAGUAACACACACAGAAUUCUGGAGGAAUUCAGUGGAUCAAAUCUACAUGAGUAAAUAUAGCAGCGAAAGUACUUUGCUAUGCAUAUUUAAUCACAAUUAAACCGAUAUGUAACAUACAUAAAUGCUAGAGGAACUCAGCAGGUCAGGCAGCAUCUGUGGAGGAGAAUGAACAGUUAAUGUUUCAGCCCUAGAAUCUUUAUCAGGACUAGAAAGAAAAGGGAAAGAAGCUAGAUUAAUUCCCUCUUUAUUCCUCCUUCCUUUCCAGUCCUAAUGAAGGGUCUCAGCCCAAAAUAUCAACUCUUUAUUCCUUUCCGUAGAUGUUGCCUGAUCGGUGGAGUUCCUUCAGCAUUCUGUGUUUGAGUUACCCUGGAUUGAAGCAUCUGCAGAAUCUCUCGUGUGUACAAGAUUUCUUUUAAAAAAAAUUUUACAUUUUAAGUCUCACAUCUUCUUUCCAGAAGGGAAAAUAUAUCAUUUGGAUAUGUUUCUACAAGCAUAAAUCAGAAUCACUAAAUUGUAUGUCAUGAAAUUUAUUGUUUUGCAGCAGCAGGACAGUGCAAAGACAUAGAAAUUACUAUAAAUUACAAAAUAUAACUUGUUCUAUUGGCCUUUGUACACAGGACCCCUCACCAUUAACCAUUUGAUCACAGACACAAAUCCAAACUUGUAUACUUCCCAAUAGUUUUGAUUAAGUGGGGAAGUUGAAAUCAUUCCUACUAAUUGUCACAACCCCGUAACUGUUACAGCUUUAAAUCACAGUCUGAAGUAAGUGAACAAACUAACUGAGACACUCGUAGAUCCAGAGAGAUUUAAUAUGAAAGUAGUAACAGGUCUGAAGACCUCUGGUCACAGAGAGUACAUGAUAAAAUGGUAGAGAAUAGCAAGAAUCUCCUUUCCACUGAAAAUUCUUAGCAGCAGAGUUCAACUGAUAAAAUUGUAAUCUAUGUCCAUAUUUAAUCUCCCUUCACCAUGCUACCACAAAAGGGUAUUCAAAAGAAUGUAAAAAUUAAUCAAACAUAACCCAAAGUUACUUUGGUAGAACCCCUCAUGACCUAGGAAAAGAUCAUUCACCUUGUCCGAAGAAUAUUGUUUACCACAUCUGAGGAUGAAAGAUGAACUAUGGAUAAGCUCAAUGGGCCAGGUGUUGUUCCACUGACCUUUCACCAGUCUGAAAUGUUAACUCUGUUUUGAUUAUGCCUGACCUGCUGAGCAUUUCCUGCAUUUGCAGUUUUUUUUAAAUUUUGGAUUCCUACCAGCAUUUUUGCUUUUAAUAAAUCAAAGCUAUUUGCGAAAAUAGUUGGUCAAGCAUUUUAUGAAAAUCAUCUUUUUAAGCAGAUAUUUCUUAACACUUUGUGAUCGAUACUAUAAAGGAAACAUUUGAGAUUAGUAGGAUUAUUUAGAUAUCAUAACAAUACGUUUACAAUGGGAACUGUGGUUAUAAAUAUUUAAAAUCAUAUGGUAAUAGUGACUGAAAUAAAAUAUUUUUCCUAACUAUUGUUAAAAAACAUUUUCAAUAUGUUAUGUCCAGUUUGCCGCAAUGCCCCAAGUUGUGUAUAUUGUGUUUUUAUUGACUAUAUUUCCACAAACCAACUCUCGCAUGUCCCACAUGCAAACUGGAUUUCUUUGAGUACUGGAAUAUGCAGAACCUCUGUAUAAUGUUCUGGUUCAGUAGACCUAGCAGUUUACUCAUCUUACUGUGGGGAAUCUCUUUCUGUAAAGCAUUAUCUUUUAUCCAAUGCUUGGAACUUUAAACUACUGAGGAAGUUAUUUCCAGAAAUUGCAGUUCAGCACAACAGAUUAGAAUGCAAAAAAUGGUCUGGUGCUGAUCCAAUUGGCGGCUAUCCUGAUCUCAGAUGGGUCACUGCUUGGGAAUCCGCAGUUUUCCUCAGCAUUUUGUGUUAAGGAAAGCUAAAAUCAUUCUGAUCUCCUUCUCUUUUGAUAGCAUAUAGGCAGAGGCCCAAAGAGUCAAGAUGUAGUUUGUGAUUCUCUCCCGAGCUGCAGUUGAAUAGCCUGUGAACAUAGUAAGGCUCAACAAUGAACAGUGGCAGCUUGAGCUAAAUUGUUGCAUAACUACUGCGUGAGGAGAAUCACUACCCUCAGGAGGAUGAGAACAAAACGUGAAAAAGGGUAAAGCAUUAGUAGAACGCUAAUAAUGUGGACCGACUGUAAGCACCUUAGAAGAAUGUGGGAAAAAAUGACCUGAAACAACUCUUAUCUUCAGAUAUUCAAUGACACCUAAUCCAUUAUGCUUGUGUUUACAAAAUGGAAGAUCCAUCUCUUGGCAAACAUUGAACAGUUUUGCAUAGAUCUGUACUGAGUAUAAGCAGUACGAUGUAAAUAUUCUGAUGAUUUGUUAAUUUAAGGAUGAAGUUACUCGGUGACUGGUUUACCUUAUUAGAUGGGUUGAAGGAUCCACUGUAAUAGUUUGUUACCUAGCAUGUUAUAAUAAACCAAAUGUAGUAAAAACCUCACAUAGCUUUUAAGCAGAAUUACCAUUGAAAGAAAUAAAAAACUUUUCUCUGGAUUAAGGUUAA